AUGACUCCUGACUUAUCUAUAUAUAGAUGUCGGUUAUGUCGAUAUGUUUUAUGGGAUGCUACGUCAACAUGUGAGAAUGAGAGAUUAACAGAUACGAAUUUAGUGUAUCUUCCUAUUGGUGAACAUCAUAUUCCUAGUUGGAUUAACAAGGCUAUUGAAAAUGCUAGUUGGACGAAAGGAAAGCUAAAUUGUCCAAAAUGUAAUGGUCGUGUUGGUGCUUUCGAUUUUAUUUCAUCAGUUAACGAUCGUGGCCAUUACCACAACAAUCAAGAAUGGAUUGAUAAGAGGAGCGUUUGGAUGUAUCGAAAUCGUGUAGACAAGUUUGCAAUUGGUGAAAGUAGUCAUUUGCCUGAUGCUAUUACCGCAAAUUCUUCCCGUAUUCCUGCUAGCAGUAAAUUAAAAUUGUUCAAGACUCCUCUUCAAACACAGCGUAACCGUGAUACUGAUGAAACCCAUCAUGACAGUGACGGUCUGUUGAGAUUAGACUCAUUCACUGAUAAUGGAAAGUCGAUCGUUAAGCAACCAACUGAAAUAGCAACAGCAAACACUGAGGAAGGUGUCCGUAAAGUUCGGAAGGGUAAAAAGAGGCAAUGGGAUCAUCAUAAACAAAAUGUAAGACAUCUUGAUAUGAAGAAAACAUCGAACGAAUUUAGCAAAUGUUCAAAUUCAGAGGUUAUUAUAAAAACAGCGGAGGUAGUGGAUGAGAUUGCAAGUACUGGCCAGAAUAUCCCGGAAAACAUGAUAUGCCCUGUUUGCCUCGACAUUUACUACAGACCCUAUCGCUGCAACUGUGGACACAUUUUUUGCGACUUUUGUAUUAGACUGUUAGCUAAAAACAAGUUAGAUAAUUCCGAUCCGAAUGUAUUAUGUCCACUGUGUAGGCAAAGCAUUAAAUAUAUUGAUGACUGUAAAGAAUUAAAGGAGAAAAUUAAACAACAAUUUGAAAAAAGUUACAUCCGACGUCGGAUAGAAAUUAGACGAGCUUUGAAGAGUACAAAACUGGUCAUGCCUUUCAACAAAGGCAAGCUAGGAUUUGCUACCUAUUAG